AUGGCUACAAUAUUGGAAGAAAUUAGAUUUCUACAAGAAACUAACUCGUCCCAACAGUCAGUUAAUGAUGAAGACGAGGAAAAUGUCCCCCUCGAGUCAUCCUCAAGUUCAGUUAUUGCCAAGGCCCAUGAAGAAUGGGUUCAAGACCUGCUGCAUAGGUUCAUACACAUAUGUACACGAAUCUUUUCGUACCCAGCAUUAAAAAUUUUUAACAACAGACAUGAGAUUACAGGAUGUUUCGGUACAAGACAACUGGUCUCAAAAGUUGGCGCAAGUAGAGAAGCCUAUAUUCGCACGACACUCGUGGAGUUAGUUGUGUACAUCAUUUAUCUAUCCAUCUUCUGCUUUAUUGUUUUCGGCUCCGUCUCAACAACUGCCUAUUAUUACACCAGAGUCCUUUCGGACCUCUUUCUCGACACUCCUUUCAACGAUGAAGCAAAAACUACAUUUAGAACAUCCUGCAAUAUCAAAGAUUUCUGGAAGUUUGCUGAAACUACAAUGCCCAACGGUCUGUACUGGGAGCAGUGGUACGACGAUCCAAUGAUUCACAAGGAAGUCCAUCCACAGGACCAGGGCAUUUUGUAUGAAAACAGGCUUGUGGGAUUGCCAAGAUUGAGACAGGUGCCGAAUGUUAUUUUUAUAUUAUUAUUUUAUUCUAACAAUUCAGCAAACGAUGAAGAUUAUGAGUUAUGGGAGUACCACUCGGAGGAGACUUUGAAAGGGGGUUCUUAUUGGGGAAAACUCGCAACCUACAGUGGAUCAGGCGUGUAUCAACUUCUUGACAAAAAACAAGCUCCAACAUUGAAGAUCAUCCAAGACUUGAAACAAAAUUUGUGGGUCAAGAGAUCGACUCGAGUCAUAUUUUUAGACUUUACAGUUUACAACUCUAACCUUAACAUGUUUUGCGUCGUAAAACUAGCUUGGGAAUUUUCUGUGGCUGGAGGACUUAUAACUUCCUCGAGUAUUCAUGCCGUGCGACUGUUCAACUACGUCAGCACGCUUGACUUUGUGAUUUUCGGAUGCGAAAUCUGUUUCAUACUUUUCACCUUUUACUACACACUGCAAGAACUAAUUGAGCUGUUCAGUCUUGGACCCUUGGAAUACCUCAGUGAUCCUUGGUCAUACCUGGAUAUUCUUAUUUUGAGCCUUUCAUAUUGUGGGAUUGGGUUCAGCAUAUACAAAUAUCUACUCAUACAGAGCACAAUACACCUUCUUAUACGGCAAAAGAAUGAUUUUUCCGACUUUGACUACCUCGCAUUUUGGGAAACACAAUUUUGGAACAUUGCUGCAACCUGUCUGAUUUUUGCAUGGAUCAAAAUUUUUAAGUACAUUUCUUUUAAUGCGACAAUGUCUCAACUUUCAAUUACUUUAUCACGGUGUGCAAAACACAUUGCUGGGUUCUCUAUUUUGUUUUGCAUAGUUUUCAUAGCAUUUGCACAACUUGGAUAUCUGCUGUUUGGAUCUCAGGUUGAAGGUUUCAGUACCGUUUAUAGCGCAAUUUUUACCUUGGCACGACUGAUACUAGGAGACUUUAAUUUUGCUGAAAUUGAAACUGCCAACAGAGUCCUAGGACCAAUUUAUUUCUUGGCCUAUGUCUUCUUCGUCUUUUUCGUCCUCCUCAAUAUGUUUUUAGCAAUCAUUAACGAUACUUAUAGUAAAGUCCAUGUGGAAAUCCAGUCCAAAGGAAAUGAAUUUCAGAUAACCGACUAUGUGGAGCAAAAAGUUAGACGAGUUGGAGCUGCCAUUACCAGAAAUACAUUGAUUACUGAAAAACCACUGAUGAUGGCAGAUAGUUUGGACAAUGGAAAAAUCACACCAGAUGAACUCAGGCAACAUCUUAUCAGAGCACAAUUUUCAGAAACAGAGGUUGACUUAUUCAUGGAACGGUAUGAGUUGACUGAUGACCAUGCUUUGGAUUAUGAAGAAACAGAACGACUGAUAACUCGGAUGCAAAGAGGAACCAUUGUCGAAGAACGGCGUGCAGGAAGGAACUCGGUCAGGCUUUCAAUACAAAAACGGUCACCUCGAACGACUGGGGACCAAAACACUCUUGGAAUAUCAGUCAAUGAGAUUGAACAACUGGAUGAAAGGAUCACAACAAUGGAGGGGUCCCUCUCUGGAGUACUGGCGAAAAUGGAUUUGAUAAUGUCCAGAAUCACGCAAACGGACGAGAGUUUAUAGCUAUUAAUAACAACCAUAACAGAUCAAUCUUGUAAGAAAGCUAAGGGUAGGAAAUACAUAAUCAAUUUGGCAAUAUUUUCAAACUUAUAAGGCAAUACAUGUUU